UGCACCUGCAGUCACACGAGAGAGCAGGAAUUGCUCUGGGCGAAAAGAACAAAAAACGGCACGAUGGACAUACGCGUGGUGUCCAUCACGGACGCGCGUAUGGAGAAUCUGAGGCUGUCCAACGAGAAGGAGUGUGCGGUUCCGCAGGACGUCAUCGACACCUUCGUUGCGUGCACGCACGUGGCGGUGGCCAUUGAGUCAUCAGUUCUCAUGGAAGAUGCAGAGGUGCAGCAGAUGGAAAAGUGGGGCGACACCUUGUAUUGCCCCAUUGUUGCUGUCACCAUUCGCCCCCUGAGCGCCAACAGCCCUGACGACGACCACAGCCACAUCGACAGCAGCAACUUCAGGCCCGCCUGCUUCCUUCGCCGUGUUGGUGAUGGGAACAGCAGCAUCAUCCAUGGUGGUGGUCGUGGUGGUGGCAGCGAGUACAUCGGCGAGGUGCACGUUGCGUGCGCCGACCUUGGUGAUGGUGCACGGUUUGCCUGCGACUUGGUGGUAGCUGUGCCGCGUCUUCACAUGCCGCUGGUGGUGUUGGCUGGCCCCCCUGCGUCGCUCGCAGCGCAGCUGACGGCGGUUCGCCGCGAGUUGCUGCAGGGGGUGUACGUCCCGCACAAGUUUGCAUGCGUGCAAGCCCCACCCAAGGCGCGGCGCAGUGGUUCCCGCCGUGCUGUGCCGUCCACAUACCGCAUUGUUGCGCUUGUGCGCACUGAGCUGAGCAGCAUGGGGGAUGUGCCGAAUGAUCGUGGCGACGGCGCCGUCUGCACGCAACUUCAGAUGGCGUGGCGCACAGUGCCCGUCAUUGUUGCAGCCAUCGUGCAUGAGGCACGGCGGGCGUGCAUGCGGUCCACGGUGAGGGCACACGACGCUACCCAGGGGUGGCUGCGGCAGCUUGGGAAGCGUGUGGGCAAGCUGCUGCGAGCACUGCGCAAGCAGAGGAACAGGCGCAUGGUGUCUACGGCAGCAGAAGACGUGGCCCACGUCCGCAAUCGCGCCCGCAUCGAUGCUGACACCCCUGACAUUAGCGCCGUGACGAGCAUUGCGGGCACGAGUGGCGGGGAGCGCAUGUCUGCGGUGCACAGGCUCGUGGAUGCUGUUGUGCAGCAGCCCGACAUUCUUGUGGCCACUGUGGACGACGCAGGCUGCAACGCGCUGACGUGGGCGUGCAAGAUGAAGGACCGAGAUCUUGUCGCCCUGCUGCUGACGCUCGGGGCGGACCCUGUGCUUGCAGAUCGGAGGGGCGUGCUGCCUGGUGGGGAGGACGCCAUUGCGAAGAUUAUUGAUGAGUUCUGCUUGUGCGUGGAGCCGUUCGUGGGUGUUGGAAACUCUGUCGACCAGCAUGGCCAGCCGCUUGGCCCCGAGAUCUUCACCCCUCCACCGCGAACGCGAGUUUUUCUCCUGUCUGAGUUCACACUUGACACUGCAACCCUCGGUGGAGGCACGGACAACAGCGGCAUCGGCUGCAAGGAUGACCGAGCGGCUGAUACGCCGGCGUCACCUCCCGUGAAGACACAGCAGCAUCAUCAGAUCGUCAGCGUCGACUGCCGCACGUGCCACUCAGCUCCCGCCCUGGAUCAGGACAAGCAGCAACAGCAGCAGAAGCAGCCACAGCGUCAGAUGCUGUCACAGCUGAACCAAGCUCUGAUGCAACAGCUGUCACACAGGCAGCAGCAGCAGCAGCAGCAGCAGCAGCAGCAGCAGCAGCAGCAGGCGCCACUGAUGCCGCAGGACAGCGGCCUGGGCAUCUUGGACGUUGGGGCCAUGGCUGGCGUUGCGUUUGCCGAUACGAAGCAUGGCGCUGUUGUUGUUGGUGCUGCGCGUGAACCAGGAUUCGCGAGCCCGAAGCAGAGCCGCCAGACACACCGCCCGCUGUCGUUCAGCGCGCUGGCAGCCAAGCUGACCGCUGAGGCAAACCCGAAGCAGCGCCGCAACAGCCGCGAUGAGGACAACGAUGGCGACGACGAUGAUGAUGAUGAUGACGAUGAAGAUGAAGGGGGUGAAUGGGAUGGCAGCGAGUGACGACGAUGGCAGCUGUCACGACCGCCACGUGUGCAAUUGCUUUCCUUUGCUACACCGCACCAUUUAGCGUCGCCGCGAUUGAAAAGACUUAAGAUGUGACGUGAGGACGUGGGCUAUCGUGGCAAAAGGAGCCACGCACCAACCCCCCUCCUGCCCUCUCCAGAGAGCGAUGGCUUUGUGUUUUGUGUGUGUGUGUGUGUGUGUG